AUGAAAGUGUGGAGGCAGAGUUGCGCUGCCGUUGUGCUGCUAUGCUUGUGUGUAUACAACGCUUUGGCGGCUCCAACAACGAACAAACAAACCGAACGCAAGAUUAACAUUUUGAACGAAAGUGGCUCCAAAUUUGCGAUUUACUGGAUUAAUCCACAAACUCGCGAAGGCGUCUUGAUGACCGUUCCAGAUGUCAUGCAUGGUGCCAGUUUCCCACUCAACAGUUUUGUGGGACACGAGUUUGAGGUGCGAGAGGUUCCAGCAGCUUCCACUGGUCUUUGCAAAUCGGAAGACCAAGUAUGUAGAUCAACUUCCUUUGAAGUCUCUCCUGGUGAUGAGCAAACGUUUACAAUCAACAAACACUAUGAGAUCAAGUUUGUUGAUGACAAGGUCAAGGCAGAGGAACAGGCCAGUCAAAUUGUGCAGGAUUGUAAAAUGAGGGCUACGACCAAACUUGCUGGAGCUGCUGGGGAUGCUGCCAAGACCCAAGAGGCGAUGGAUGAUUUGGUAGAAUGCGUCGAAGUUGGAGUUGCAUCUAGUCUAGCCAAGGCAAACGAGGAACUGGCAUUUCAGGCGUCAAUUCGAAAGGGCAUGGCCGAACAAAUGGAAAACUAUACUUGUGUGGAUCUUGAAACGGACACUACCCCUCCUUUGGAAACCAAAAGAUGGAGAAGCGAAAAGGACAAAAAGGUUCGAAACGUGCAAAUCUUGUUCAAUCGGCCUUCUAGCAAGAUUCAUGUCAUUGACAACUUUAUCAGUCAAGAGGAAUGCGAAGCCAUGGCAGCAGCUGCAGAACCUAGGUUGCAUCAAGCUACUGUCGCCGAUGGGAAAGGAGGGUCUCAUUUUUCAGAGCAUCGAAAAGCAAUGCAAGCUGGUAUCCGUGUGCAUUGGGAAAAGGAAAAAAAUGGUGAUAAGAUCGCCCAACUGUCUCGACGAGUGUAUGACUAUGCCAACUUUGUUUUGGAUCUAGGCAUCGAAGAGCAUGGUCAAGAGGAUUUGAUGUCCAUUCAGUACUUUGGACGAGGCAUGAAUGAUACUGCACCUGAUCGCUAUACUCCCCAUUGUGAUGGUGACUGUGACGGUCUUGAACACAAAGAUGGAACUCGUAUGGCGACGCUAGUCAUGUAUUGUACCAUCCCCGAGUUUGGCGGACACACAAACUUUCGAAAUGCCAAUGUUCACGUCAAGCCAAAGCAAGGGACUGGCGUCUUCUUUUCGUACAUGGAUCCAGAUUCAAAGGUCAUGGAUAAUGGAUUCACGGAGCACAGUGGAUGUCCUGUAUACGAAGGGGAAAAAAAGAUUGUCACUCAAUGGAUUCGAUAUGGAGUAGAUGCCGAAAAUCCUUGGGACAGUUUCAACACUUUGGGUGUGAAACUCUCAGAGGUAGAAGAUUAUUAA